AUGAUUGCUUCCUCGCUACUCCCCUUACGCCUGCGCAAUGACCAAUCGAUGUAUCAACGCCGUCCCUUUUAUCUGGGUAACAAGGCAAUCAACUCGAUUCUCCAAUAUUUGUCCAAGACCGCGUGCAAACACCCGAUUCAUACCCUGUGCACCAUAGCCAUACUCGUCAGUACGACAUAUAUCCGAGCACUCAAAAACAGUGUUUUCCACGCAUCUGGAAAUACCGGAACAACAGAAUGGGACUCUUCGGUGACAGGCAGCCAGUCAUUGAUCACUGGCCCGCAAACUGGCUGGAAAUGGCAGACCUUCGAUGCAGAAGCAGAUAUCCCUGAGACCACAGUCCACCAGGUUUUGAUGACAUUGGUUUUCCCGGGAUCCGAUGCCGAAAUGCCCCAAAAGAUAUCAUCUGCCUUCGCUCACAUUCCUUCAAACCUGCCUUUGGUUCACCUUCCAUCGACGUCCAAUUCCUUCACUACCUAUUCACAACACAAUACAUUCCCGUUUUUGGUCGAAUACAGCAAUCUGGUCGAAGCGCUUGCUGCAAUUCGGGACAUCCCCAGUGAUUCUUCCAGCUGGGAAUCCUUUGACGCAAAUCCGGUCGAGAUUGAGCACAAAACGUGGAUCAUGAAAAGCAGAAGGAUAGGUAAACCAGGCAGCCUUUCUCUGUGGGCCCAAAGUACAUGCGCAGAGUUUCUUGAUCUUCUCAAGAAUGCACAACCACUCGAUAUUCCUAUUAUGGUUCUGGGCUACUUGUCGAUGCACUUGACUUUUAUCUCUCUAUUUAUGAGCAUGAAAAAGCUGGGGUCAAGAGUUUGGCUAGCUACGAGCGUCUUGUUAUCGUCAACAUUUGCCUUCCUGCUGGCGCUUCACGUGUCAAUCAAACUUGGAGUUCCAGUAAACAUGAAACUACUAUCCGAAGGACUCCCUUUUUUGGUUGUGAUCAUUGGCUUUGAAAAAAACAUCACUUUGACAAGUGCUGUUCUAUCCCACUCAGUGGAGCAUCGAAAUCGAUACAAGAAGCAUUCCCAAGAUAUCAGAGACACUCGGAUGGAAAGUACCAUCCAGUAUGCGAUCCGGAGCGCAAUUAACGACAAGGGAUAUAGCAUUUCUUGUCACUACUUCGUUGAAAUUUUGCUGCUUGUCCUUGGAGCUGCAGCAAAUGUGCAAGGUGGGUUACGACACUUCUGUGUUCUGGCUGCUUUGAUUCUUUUUUUCGACUUCCUGCUUCUGUUUACCUUCUACGUCGCUAUCAUGUCCAUCAAACUUGAGGUUAAUCGCAUCAAACGUCAUUUCGAUACGCGAUACGCCCUACAGGAUGAAGGUCUCAGCCAAAAACUUGCUGAAAGCGUGGCCAAAGACAAUGAUUUCGAGAAAGACGUGAGCCGAUCCCUGCUUGGCAAGGAUGGAAAGACCAACAGCAUUCCCAAGUUCAAAUUCUGGAUGGUGGUGGGUUUCUUUGCCGUGAACCUUGCCAAUAUCUGCUGCAUACCCUCUCAAUAUUCCUCCUCCGGCACGACGCUUUCAAAUAUAUCUUCAUGGACCAGAGGUCUCAGUGGCAUUUCUAUGACACCACCUCUUGACCCCUUCAAAGUGGCUGGAAAUGGGCUUGAUGAGUUGCUUUUCCAGGCCAGGGCACGAGAUCAAUCAACCGUGAUUACCGUUCUCAGUCCAAUCAAUUAUGAGCUGAUAUAUCCUUCAACUCAUUAUGUUACCCCGUUUAACGCGAGGACCAGUGACCAACAACAAAAAUCAACACGUGAGCUUUCGGGUUUAUAUGCAAAGUUGUGCGAUAAUGGACUUGGUGAUGGAGUUGUGGAUGGACUGUUGACUAGUCUCGAAGAUCCUGUUCUUUCUAAAUGGAUAUUCGUGACACUUGUUUUGAGUGUCGCUUUGAACGACUAUUUGUUCAAGGCGGCCAGACUGGGAAUCAAAGAUCCCAAUCAUCCGGGUCUUCCAAUUGAUUCUAAUGAACUUACUCGUGCAGAAACGUUCAACGCUGCCCAGGUUCUGACCUCGGAACUUAUCUUAAGUCCGCAAGUUCCUCAGAAAAAUGGCACAACUUCUGGAGGUGUCGGUCACAACAAGGAUUCACAACCGACAAUAGAAACAAUAGGAAGUCUCACCACAAGAGAUCGAGCACUUGAGAAGAAAACCUCAAUUCCUGCCUUCAAACCCGAAGUUGAUCAUUUGUCCAACCUGACACCUAUUUAUGAGCUCUCUGAUGAGACUGUCGUUGCUCUGUCUUUGCAAGGGAGAAUCCCGGGAUAUGCAUUAGAAAAGAAACUCAAAGACUGCACUCGAGCCGUGAAAGUUCGUCGAUCCAUCAUUUCCAGGACACCGUGUACCGAGGAUAUUACCAACACGCUUGAAAACUCAAAGCUACCAUAUGAGCACUAUGAUUGGGAACGUGUUCUCGGGGCUUGCUGUGAAAACGUGAUUGGGUACAUGCCCGUCCCUGUUGGGGUAGCCGGUCCUAUUGUCAUUGAUGGAAAAAGCUAUUUCAUCCCUAUGGCUACAACAGAGGGUGUACUAGUUGCAAGCGCUAGUCGGGGAAGCAAGGCAAUCAACCUAGGUGGCGGAGCCGUCACUGUUCUCACCGGCGACGGCAUGACGCGAGGCCCAUGUAUAAGCUUCGAAGUUCUCGAACGAGCAGGUGCUGCGAAGAAUUGGCUUGACUCGGAAGCCGGUCAGACCUUGAUGAAGGAUGCAUUUGAUUCAACGAGCAGAUUCGCGCGCUUGCAGAGUAUGCGGACUACUAUUGCUGGUACCCACUUGUACGUCCGAUUCAAGACUACUACUGGCGAUGCUAUGGGGAUGAACAUGAUCUCCAAGGGUGUUGAGCAUGCUCUGAAUGUGAUGGCGACCGAUGCAGGCUUUGACGAUAUGAAAAUUGUGACUUUGUCAGGGAAUUAUUGUACCGAUAAGAAGCCGUCAGCUCUAAAUUGGAUCGACGGACGCGGAAAGGGGAUUGUAGCGGAAGCCAUCAUCCCCGCGAAUGUCGUGAGAGACGUUUUGAAAAGUGACGUGGAUAGCAUGGUCCAACUGAAUAUCUCGAAAAACCUCAUUGGAUCCGCAAUGGCAGGCUCCACUGGUGGUUUCAAUGCCCAAGCUGCAAACCUAGUGGCAGCAGUUUUCAUUGCCACUGGUCAAGAUCCCGCACAAGUUGUGGAGGGUGCAAAUUGCAUAACCCUUAUGAAUAAUCUUCGUGGCUCGCUCCAAAUAUCUGUCUCUAUGCCGUCCAUUGAGGUUGGAACAUUAGGAGGUGGCACCAUUUUGGAGCCACAGGGAGCAAUGCUUGCGAUGCUUGGUGUCCGUGGAUCGCACCCAACCACACCCGGUGAAAAUGCACGCCAGCUUGCGCGUAUUGUUGGGGCCGUUGUUUUGGCUGGGGAACUCUCCUUGUGUGCUGCUUUGGCUGCUGGUCACCUCGUGAAGGCGCAUAUGGCACACAAUCGAGCUACUCCGGCACCCUAA